GGGUACCAACCUGAUAAGAUACCGUUUGUAUAAAACUAGGAAGAAAUUAAUGUUUAAAACUGUAAAUGCAGGAUAUAACACUGUCAAAUCUUCAAAAUUUAUUUUAACCAGUACCAAAAUUGAACCGACACCAUUCGCCAUCACUAGUGUCAACCUGAAAGAGAUGUUUUCAUAGAGAUGUAUAAAUAAUGAUACAUGUUGUGCCGAGUAGCAAAGAUAUUGAAAAGGAAAAAAAAACAAUGACGUGAGAAUUAUAUAACAAGAGGAUUUGCAUUGAAUAGUUUGUCUAGUUUUGAUGCAGAUAGCUUUUUCUCAAAAGGAUGUCCACAGAGAAACAUAGAGGAUUGGAAGACAACUUAAAUAGGUCAAAUAAUAAAGAGUAUAAUGAAGGACGUAAUUGGUCAUCUGAACAUAUACUAGUUUUAGUAACAGCUGUAGUCGUAACACUUCUGCUAGUCAUUGUGUUACUGUUUUUGUAUAAGAAAUGUAGAAAAAGAAACAAUAGGAAUGAAUGUUGCGACCGUCGUAAUGGUUACACUCAGGGUAGACAACCGUAUACUAACGGUUUUAUUACGACUCAUGGAAUUCAGUGUGGAGUUCACUCCCCUCCAGCAUAUGAUCAUGAUAAUUACAUUCCGCGCAAUGUGAUACCCACAGCUGCACAAAAUGAAACACAAAAUGACGGAGACUUUACAUAUAAUAACUCUGGUCUUUCUGGUGCUCAGAGACAAAAUCAGUAUUUAUUCAGAUCAAUGCCUGUAGUUAAUCCUGCUUAUUCGGAGUCGCUGAUAAACUCGGACAAUGAAUCUAUUACAGAUGAUCCAUUGAGAGAUUUGUAUACGGAGACAGAAAGAAGUUUCACACAAACAGUGUGUGGAAAAUUGUUAGUAAGCAUAGCGCGCAGCAUUGGGCACAAAGGUGGUGUUCUUUAUUUAGAUAACAUGGGCAUAUCGUUACAUAUUCCAGAAGGUGCAGUGAAACGUGGCGAUACUAAAUUAGUGGUACUUGUGCUUAAUUGGGACCUUUCCGAUAAUCCUGAAAUGAAGAAAGAACAAAGCCUUGUAAGUCCUGUAGUCUACGUUGGUCCUCAUGGAUUAAAACUUGAGAAACCCUGCACAUUAAUAUUCCGCCAUUGUGCCUAUAAUCGAAACCAAAUUCGUGUCAUGCGUAGUGAAACUGAACUUACUCAUCAGAAAACAUGGAAAGAGGUUUGCAACCAGGGCGAUAACUCAGGGAUAUGUUACCUUACUCCAGACGAAUGCCAGUUGAACAUAGAAACAUUUACCCUGUAUACGUGUAUACAGACACCAGUAGAAAAUAUGAUCGGUAAAAAAUGGCUACAGAUUGCGGUGUUUGCCUGUCCGCUACGAAACGAGAUAAAUCAUCAUCAGGUUCGGUUGUACUUUUUGAAUAAGACAAACUGUGCUUUGCAAUGGGCGAUCCAAAACGAAGCUAAAUUUGGCGGGAAACUUAUAUGUCCGGAAAAAGUGUUUCUCUUCGAUGGAAAUGAACACGACAUGUUUACUGAAACAAAGUAUAUGUCGGAUGGUUGGGAAUUGGUAGACCCUGAAACAAGUGAGAAAAUUUCCUUCAUCAAAAUUUGGCAUGGCCAAUGUCCAUACGUAUCUGUUUGCUUUCGGCGGUCAGCAAAUCAAAUAGCAACACCAACAUCACUAGCUAUAGAAAUGAGUUUACAUGUAUUUACAUUUCAGCAAACCCUCACAGAAAACGGCGAGAAAAUAUUUAUUCAAUUAUUUGAAGAUGAUAACACACCGUUCUCAGGGAAAGAAAUCCGAUGCAAUCACCAUAUACAAAUUCAAAUAAACAAUAUUAAAGACAAUAAUUGUGAAACGAGUAGGUUUGAUAAGACUAUCCAAAAUAGAACAGUCACGGGCAGGCAACUAGCUUUGACUGGAAGAAAUUCGCCGUCAAAUGUGUCUGAACAGAGUUUAAAUAGAAAUGCUGUAAUGGAUUCCAAUAACCUCAAGUUUGUUAUAAAUAAUAAAUUUUCUUCUUGGUCAGGGUCAGAUUAUCGUAGUAGGAUGAUAUCGGAAGUAACUGAGCCGCGUCUGUUUCCACAUACUUUAAGGAAUCGCUUGGUGUUACUCUUGGAUCCACCUAAAUGUCCGUUUGGGCAGGACUGGAAAGAUUUAGCUUCAAAGUUAGGCAUGGAUACAUGUAUACCUAAACUUCAAACGCUUGAACAUCCCACUUCUGUGCUACUUAAUGUUUUAGAGAAUCAGGGCAAAUCGUACUCAGAAGUUCUGUCUUUAUUUAGAGAAAUUGAUCGCAUGGAUUGUGUGGAGGAAGUUAGGAAAUAUUAUGAGACGGAAAAGGCGAAAGUGAAUACUAAUGUACGUGAACCAUCCGAAAAUACAUUUGAAGGAAACGUCCGAAACGAAAGUCACCUCAGAUCAGGCGUUUCUAUGACAACUGGAAGUUAUGUCGCCGAUAAUUUGUCCGCCCUGUUUACUAAUCAAAGUAAUAGCAGUGCAACAAUAAGCAAAAGGACGCUGUAUGAUUCAACGUAAGACGAACAUGCAAAUGUAAAAACUGAUAAUUACAUGUCAGAUACAGUGUACUGCAUCUUGCUGUUUAUGUAAAUUAUUGAUAUAAUGCUAUUUAUUUUUAGCGGGAUGGAGAUUGGUUUGGGGUUAGAGGUUUCAUGAACAACAAUUCUAAACUCUUUAAAGAUCCUGUAUCUCAUUUUUUUAUGGUUUCAUAUCAUAAAUCUGAUAGUCAAAUGAAGAUUUUACAAUAUAGUAAGCUCAGAAAUGCAUUAUUUGCAAAGACAUUACCGAAUUUACACUUCAUGUAAAUAGAAAAUAUAUAAUAAAUAUAAUAAAGUCUAAGUAAGAAAUGAAUAUAUAGAUUUUAAUGAUUACUUAUAAUGAAUAAAAACAUUUGCAGGACAUAUUUAACAAAUAUAUCUUUGGAUGUUUGGAUGUUUGGAAAUUGUUUUAGAAAGAAUAAUUAUAUACAUAUAUAUAAAAUCGUUACAUCCUUAAUUACAACAUACAGGAUCUUUAAACAAUUUUUGAGGAGGGCAACCUAAAAAAAUUAUUGUGAAAAAAGAUCUUUUGUCAAAGCCAAUCCAACAUUUAUUGAAGGCUUUGAC